AAGUUUCGAAUUGUGAAGGAAAAGGACGGAAAAUCUUCACAUAAGAAUUGGACGUGUUUUAAGAGCAAGUUUUUUAAGGGGAAUCGUCAUCUCUCGUGUUGUUUUGAGACGUGGUUAUGCAUUGUGUUCUGUUUAGUAUAUGUAUUUUGUGUAAUAAAGGGCGAUACACUCCGUGCUUAAAGUUUGCUUUAUAACAGCACCACGUUGUUGUUAUAAUGUGUAAAAUAAGUACGGUGGUAGUUUUGUAGUCGAGAAGAUCCUUUCUCGACUCUUCGUACUUAUGCUUCUUCUGAUCGUAUAAUAUGGACGACGGGUUUGAUUUUGGUUGCUUAGAAUUGUCAGUAGCCUUCGGGCUAUGGAUAGAAAAGUUGUGGAUUUUUUAUCCUAAAAACAAAUAAAUGCUCAAAAAAUUGGGAAAAUAAAACGUCAAAAUUUGUUUAGUUCAAGAUUCACUGUGAAUUUGGUUAGAACUGCUCUUUAUCUUUAUCUCAAGUAAAAUAGAGUAUACACAAAAGUACACAUUUCUGUUUGGUGGCGUGGAAGUUUAACAAUAAAUUAAUCCUGGUUAUGAACGAGCCAUACUAAUUCUUAAUUUUUGCGAUCGAUAAUUAUCAUAUGGGAGAAGUCACAACUUGUGAAUAGAAAUUCGACUGGAUACGUAAAGAAAUUAAUGUAACUGUUCUUCACGUAUUGUUCGUUUCAUCGUGUCGUGAUGUGAAAACUUAUAAUGUAGUGUUUCAUUAUUUAAUUAUCAUUACUGGCAAUUAAUUAAUGAGGACGGAAAUUCUGGAGCUGGACUGAGGACAAUUAUCCCAUCAAUUCCCAUCUCAUCAUCUCUGCACUCUGUGCAGGAGGACCACGAUAUUAUUGCCAUAUUGGAUUGAAAACUGUCACAAUCGCAUCAAGUACUCAUCUCUAUUUACAAUGUCGGUUUACAAGUACGACGAACAACACGGAAUGAAAAGUGAAGCAGCUCUCUCAAAAAAAAUCGACUCUUCAUUAAACAAAUAUAAGUAUUUUUAAAGAGUGGAGGACAAUGAAUGAAUCACAAGAAAAAACAAGUUAAUGCUCAUACAUACGUUAUUUAUUACAAAGGAAAGGAAAAAGAGAAGGGUUGUGAUUUGAGUAUUAGACGAAUUCUUGGAGGAGGAGAGCUUUUGUCAUUGUCAUCUCUUCUGGCUGGACGGGAUUGGACACCACGCAGCAACGGCACGGCACGGCACGCCAGAACAGAUUUGGAUGGAAUGACUGACACAUCAAUUAAUUAAAGAGGGGCCGACUAAUGAGACUCUGACGCAUAUAUGGAAAGAGGAAGCAAAAACUGAAUAAAAGUUGACCAAGUUUAGCCCCACUCUGCUGUCCUGUGAUAACAAAAUCACUUUCAAUUAAGGCCAAAAAGGAAGAGACGAGACCAAAUCAAACAGAACCAGUUUACCAAAGAAGACGAUUCUUCUUCUUGCCGAGGAUAGUUUGUAAUCCUGACAGAUUUUGUAUGGAUAUUAAAAAUUUAAUUCAGUUUGGAAACUUUUGCUCCUGGACUGGACAGAAAAAAAAGUGGCAUAAGUUUUAAGCAGCUCAUCUGAUAUUUGAUAAAAAUCUAACCGACGAUGCCGCCGCAGCUUAUUUCCAAAUCGUAAUGAUAUUACAACCGUCCUUGAUUUAAAGGAAAAUUCCAGAAAAAUUCUCACCAAUAUUAUUACAAAUUCUUAUUUUUUUCGUGAUAUAAUAACUAACCAAGCAAAACAAUUAUUAUCAAAACAAAUAUGUCGUCCAAUAACUCGAGUCAUCAUCACCUCCUUGGGGACGGAUGUUCCACUCCGACACCGACGCCUACUCCUCUCGGCGGCAGCGUGUCCUGUCCUUGCACCCCACUUUCUGGAGGAGGUGCCACGACGACGAAUUCGCCUUCCACCAGUUCAAUCGGUUCUCAAGCCUUCUGCUCUUGCAAUUGUUCUCAGUGCUGUGUCAAGUCACAAUCUCAAUCCUGCUCAAAUAUAAACAAUAUUAUGUCCUCCUCCAACUCGUCUUGUUCAUGUUGCGGGGGAAUGGGAGGACCUUCGAAUAGCUGCAGUUGUAUGUUACACGAUUUCAAUUCGUCUGGCCGAGGACUAUCUUCGACUUCCACACUGACCACGUCCGCUUCCACGUCCUGUAGUAAUCUGUCCUGCUUGAAUUCCCUCAUUCUCAACUCGCCGAACGGGUGUUCCCCUCAUUUGCGUGAAGUGAGGGAAAGUUCCCCCGGAAGUGUGAGAAGUAUGUGUAGCGUCGUGAGCAAUUAUGGUGGCGGUGGUGGCGUUGGUGGUAACUCGGGACCCGUGGGAGGAGGAGGAGGCACGUUAACAACGAAGGAUCAACUCAGGCAAUUAUUCGAGGCAUGCAAGGGCGGUGAUGCUGCAAAAGUGCAGCAGUUAGCGAAUCGAAGUAACGUCUCGGCCAGAGAUACGAACGGAAGGAAAAGCACAGCGUUACAUUUUGCUGCUGGCUACGGUAGAAAAGACAUUGUGGAGUAUCUUUUGAAUUUGGGGGCUCAAAUUAAUAGCCAAGACGAGGGUGGGCUGCAGCCGCUGCAUAACGCGUGUUCUUUCGGACAUACUGAAGUCGUGCGUCUACUUUUAUCAAGAGGUGCGGACCCGAAUGCGAAAGAUCAUUGGUCUUAUACUGGACUGCAUGAAGCUGCAGCUAAAGGAAAAAUUGACGUGUGCAUCGCCUUGCUACAAAACGGUGGCGAUCCGUCGAUUAGAAAUUCUGAGGGUAAAACGGCAUAUGACGUCGCGGAUCCUGGUUCUACGCAAGCCGUCUUCACAGGAGAGUACAUGAAACAUCAGCUUCUUGAAGCAGCCCGGUCUGGAAAUGAAGAACGUUUAAUGCAGUACUUGACACCCUUGAAUUGCAAUAUUGCUGCAUCUGAUGGGCGCAAAUCUACGUGCUUGCAUCUCGCGGCUGGUUACAACCGUUUAAAAAUAGUCCAAAUCUUAAUCUCGAUGGGGGCAGAUGCUCACUCACGGGACAAAGGAGGGCUCACUCCGCUUCACAACUCAUCCAGCUACGGUCACUUUGAAGUCUGUGAAUUGCUUAUAAGUCAUGGUGCAAAUGUCAACGCGGUUGAUCUGUGGCAAUUUUCUGCUUUACACGAAGCUGCUCAAAAAUCUCGCGUCGACGUGUGUUCACUUCUCCUUUGUCACGGAGCUGACCCCACACUUCUCAAUUGCCACGGAAAAUCAGCCAUCGAUUUAGCCGGGUCACGCCAACUGCAAGAGAAAUUGACCUUUGAGUAUCGAGGUCAUUCGCUACUGCAGUGUUCCAGACUAGGAGACGUCUCCCGCAUAAAGAAACAUUCCGAUCAACUCGUGCAACAAUUUCAACAUCCAUUUACGUUAGAGAAUGGACUUCAUGUCGCACUCACUAGUUGGCCGCAAACCCAGUUAAAAAAGACGGUGGACAUACUGAUCAAGAAGGGUGUUGAAAUUAACGGGAAAACAAAGGACGGAUCAAACUGUCUGCAUUUGGUGGCGGACCGUCCAGACAUGUGCGAUACGAUGGAGACUCUUUUGAAAUCCGGAGCCCUGGUCAACGCAACGGACGGAAACGGUGAAACUCCACUGCAUCGCUGUGCCAGAUCAGAGAACACGCAAGGAUGUAAGCUCCUUUUGAGUUUCGGUGCUGAUAUUAACAUUGUAUCGCAUCAAGGAUACACUGCUGCCCAGUUAUCGUCUUCAAAUCUGGUUAAAAUUAUUCAAGAACCUCCCGUGGUCGACCUUGAGCGUCAAUUAUUGGAAGCUUCACGCACUGGUGAUCUCGAUACAGUCAUUAAAAUACUCACUCAACGUCCAGACAUUGUAAAUUGCCGUGAUGUUGUAGGAAGGAACUCUACACCACUACAUUUUGCCAGUGGUUACAAUCGGGUUGCUGUUGUUGAAUAUUUGCUCCAAAGAGGUGCAGAUUUUUCGAGCAAAGAUAAGGGAUAUCUAGUUCCGCUCCAUAAUGCAGCUAGCUACGGGCAUUUCGAAGUCACGGAACUGCUCGUGUCUGCGGGGGCCAAUGUUAACGCCGUUGAUUUGUGGAAAUUUUCACCAUUGCAUGAAGCCGUUGCGAAAGGAAAGUACGAAAUAGUCAAAUUUUUAUUGAAGCAUGGUGCUGAUCCGACCAAGAAAAAUCGAGAUUCCAUGCUGCCGAUUGAUCUUUGUAAAGAUGAAGACAUUGCUGACCUACUCGUGGGAAAUUCUGCGCUGUUAGAGGCCGCAAAGAAAGGAAAUUUGGCAAAAGUAAAGAAAUUGCUGACUCCGGAGAAUGUGACAUGUCGAGACACACAUGGCAGAAAUUCUACGUGUUUGCAUCUAGCCUCAGGAUACAACAAUCUAGAAGUUGCCGAGUAUCUCUUGGAGAAAGCUGCCCAAUGGAAUAUUGAAAUUGUAAACAGAACUGAUAGAGGAGGACUGAUUAGUUUACAUAAUGCAUCCUCCUACGGUCACUUGGACAUUGCGGCACUAUUAAUAAAGUACAACGGGCAUGUUAAUGCAACCGAUAAAUGGUUAUUUACCCCGCUGCAUGAAUCCGCCCAGAAAUCUCGAACCCAUCUUUGUGCUUUACUUCUUGCUCACGGUGCUGACCCAUUUUCAAAAAAUCAAGAAGGUCAUACUCCAAUCGAUCUCGCUGUCGCCGAAGAUGUCCGUUCCCUCUUAAACGACGCUAUGACCACAUCCAAGGAGCUCCCCGUCACUCUGAAAAUUCCUGGAGGCGGAGGUGUCAAGUCGCCAUCCAUCAUUCACUAUCCCGUCGCCAAUAACUCUACCGCUUCAAUAGCGACAGCCACCAGUCCCAAUGGAAGCACGUCCUCCUCCUCAAACAUUGCCGAGACUGAAAUCCCAGUCGCUAAUGAAACUGUGAUAAUGCCCUCUGGAAAUCCAUUCUUAAUUCCAAUCCGAUCUCUCCUCUCGUCCGGUGGGGGUGACGGGGAAGCAGAACCAGGGGGUUCGUCAGCAUCAUCAUCAUCCUUCAUUUCCGCAGCAGUAAUUGCGGCAGAAGCAGAACUGAAGAAGGAAAAGAUGAAAGCUGUCGUCAACCUUUUAGCAUCUCUAACACUGGAUCAUCUCAAGGACACAUUUGAAAGGGAACAAAUCAGUUUGGAAAUACUGGCUGAAAUGACGCACGAAGAUUUGAAGGGAAUCGGUGUCGUUGCUUACGGACAUCGCCACCUUCUGCUAAAAGGCGUGGACAAGAUCCGGGCUAGCAUGGGAGGAGGCACGAUGCUGAUCGAAUUGCCGAGAGAUGAUCGCGAAUACUUGGCCGUGGAGGAUGAAAUGCAAGGAACGAUCCGAUCACACCGAGAUAACGGGCAGGCUGGAGGAAUUUUUACAAAGUACAACAUUAUCAAGAUUCAAAAAGUAAGAAACCCAAGAUUGUGGGAACGCUACAUUCACCGAAGGAAUGAAAUUGCAGAGGACAACGGAAGAGAGGGUUCCAAUGAACGAAUGUUAUUCCACGGGAGCCCCUUCAUCCCGGCAAUUGUACACAAAGGAUUCGAUGAACGACAUGCGUAUAUUGGAGGCAUGUUCGGAGCUGGGAUCUAUUUUGCGGAGCACUCCUCCAAAAGCAAUCAAUAUGUCCACGGGAUCGGGGGUGGCACCGGCUGUCCGGCCCACAAAGAUAGAUCGUGCUACACUUGUCAUCGCCAACUCCUCCUGUGUCGUGUGGUGCUAGGAAAAUCAUUCCUGCAAUUCUCCGCCAUGAAAAUGGCCCAUGCUCCUCCUGGACACCAUUCCGUCGUUGGGCGUCCGUUAGAGACAGGUUUGGGGCACACCAAACCUUCCGCUGGUGGUUUGACGUAUCCUGAAUAUGUCGUUUAUCGAGGGGAACAGGCGUAUCCCGAGUAUCUGGUCAGCUACCAAAUCGUCAAACCCGAAGCUGGCGAAGAAGCUUCUCCGCUACUCAAAGUUGUAUAGUUCAACAUUUUGAUGUCAUUCUAUGAAUCGUGACACCGUGAUUGUUUUUUUUAGAUAAUCCGUAUUACCCAUUGUUCUAAUAAUAUAUAAUUGUGUGACUGAUAUUUGCAUAUAUUGCACUCGAAUCGUUUAACUAUUGAACUAAUUAUUAUGUUAUUAAUAAUAUUUUAGGUUGUGAAAAGUCUGUAACAAAAGUGAUAUCUUGAUAAUCACUUAUCACUAAUUUAUUUUUUGAACAAUCAAUUAUUAUUAUCAAGUUUUGCAAAUAAUUCGUCCCGAAUUUUUUGCACUUCUUUCAAUCGAACUUACACAAUCAUGAAAAAUUCUCAAUUUUGAUUUUAUAUUUUUGUAUGUAUACGAAAUUUAUUGUCAAUCAAUCCGACAACGGCGACGCGUCUUCCCUCCAUGCAAAAGGAAGCCAAAUUUUUUGAUUCUAAAUCAAAUCGUCUGUUUCUCUGACUCACAUCAAGAUUUUUGCACAAAUUAUCAUGAUAAUUAUUAUUACUCGAUGUUAUUAGCAAAAAUGAUAUCAACUUUGUCAUUUAUAUGCGUGUCUAUUUAAAAAAAUCAACAAAAACUCUGUACAAUUUUAUCUAUGUAUACUAUGCUAUUUACUUGUGUAUACUCGUCUUCUUAUAUUUAGACUAGAUUCCAUGCAGUUGCACAUUCGUCGUUUGUACCUAGUUCGAAAAAAGCUCUUGAUGCUUGCCAAAAAUAAAGAAAGUUACGAAAAGUA